AUGGAGAGCAUUGUGUCCGAGGUCGCACAGAAAACCGUCCUCAUUCUCGUUGACGAGUUCAUUUCCCAAGGUGACGAGUCCCCUCUUGAUCGAACGGUCGAAAUUCUGCAGGUCGCGCUCUUGUCCUGCGAAGCGAAAAAAACGGCCGCUCAGAGGCUGGGCAACUGCCCGAGCGCGGCAGGCGCAUCUGGGGGAACCGGUAGCGUGCCCGACGGGCUGCUCGUGGACGGCAUCACAAGGACCCGUGAAACGCGAGCCAGCUGCGCGUCGAGAAGCAGUUCUGCCGGUCAAGCAGAAGGAAGUACGCGGCGUAAUCAGGGACAGGUGCUCGGAGGUGGUGUGCACUUUGCAGCACCCCGUGUUUUGGUGCCUCCCGAGAACUUGAAAAACCCGUCGUCCUUCUUGAAGAUAUACGGGGAUCCCCUCUGCUUCGCCGGAUCGCGCAACCUCGUUGCGGGUUGUCGAGGGAACUGGAAAUGCACCAGCUGUGGCACCGUCAACUUCCCUCGGCGGUUCCGGUGCAAACAGUGCGACAAGGAACGGGACGAAGAGGGCCACCGGAUCGUCCUGGAAUAUGCCAAGACAGUUUAUCAGCAAUACCUGGCAGCAGGUGUGUGGCCUGUGAGCCGCGGUGACAGCAGUGAGGCUCCUCCCCCGGUGACCCUCUACGCCAGCCCCCGAGCCUGCCGUCGGCUCAAAAAUAUGGGUGCGGGAGAAUCUCACAAGUGGCGAUGGAAACGCCGUGGAGGCGGCAAGGACCAAAAUGGAGGAAACGACGCGGCGGCGAGUGGAACUGUCGGGAGAAACUCGCGAAGUGAGACGAGUCACGCCCAUUAUAGAGAGGGAGCAACCGAAGCGGCCGGAGACGCGUCGAGCAGACCGGCUAGUCAAGGCGAAGUGUCUCUAAUGGUCGGUGCGAGCCCCAAUGUCAAGUUUAACUUAAUGAAGCAGGUGGGGGUACCUGCGCUUCACGGAAAUCCUUUGUUGGAGAUAUCCAUCGAAUCUUUUCAGGUUUGGUAUGCAGCCGAUCGCGAGGCCCCUUGA